UAACCAUCCGCCCCGCCCCGUACCUUCGUCGCCACGACCGCGAGCAAUUUUAGCCGAGCGAAGCGAGCCCCCCGGCUCUUCCCCGUUCGCUCAUCUCGCGCCGUCCGUUCGCCCGCCCGCCGCCGCCGAGGCAGCGCGCGACGCGAUCCCCCCGCUCCGCUCCGCUCCGUUCCGUUCCGAGCGAGCGAGGGAGGGAGGGAGGGGGAGGUUUUUAAAAGCGAGCGUGCGAAGUGGGUGCGCGGAAUUGGACUCGGCUCCUCCUCCCCGGCUGCCAAGCUAUUAAAAACACGAAGAGGAAGUUUUCUUCUCCGUGACCUCCCGCCCGCUGCGCCAACCCACCACCCAUCCGUUUCUCGUUCCGCCCCUGCCUGCCUCCCGCCCCUCCUUAACAAUGGCAGUACAGGCGCAGUACCCGUCCAAUCUCCUCUUCCACGACAGAGGUGAGCCGGAGAGGAAGGAGAUGGACAUGCCCAGGCCGCCGCAGCUCGCCGGAGUAUCGCCGGCGGCAGUCUACUUCUCCAGCGGUGGAGCGAGUGGGAAUCGGAGGAAGCGGCCCAGGGAGCCCAUGGCGCCGCCGCCGCCGGCGGCCAAGGAGGAGUACGUCAAUCUGUUCACACUCCAGCCGCAGCAGUCGACGUCGUUUGCGAACAUGGCGCGCUUCCAGAGCCAGAACAGGGUCUUGUCGUCCCCGUCUCCCGCCGCGACCGCGCUCGUGUCGACUGGCCUCCGCCUGGCAUUCGACGAGCAGCAGCAGCAGCAACAACAACAACAACAACAGGAGAGCAAACAGAUGAUGAAUGUCCUGCGCCACUCGUCGUCGCAAUCGCUGUUCGCCUCAGUCUCCGACGAGCUUGCCGCGCAGGUGAAGCAGCAUGAUGACGAGAUCGACCGGUUCAUCCGGGAGCAGGGCGAGCAGCUCAGGCGGGCGAUGGCCGAUCGGCUGCGGCGCCACAACCGGGCGAUUCUGGUCAAGGCAGACCAGUCCGCCGCGCGCCGGCUCCGGGAGAAGGCGGCGGAAGCGGAGCGCGAGGCGCGGCGCGGCGCCGAGCUGGAGGAGCGGCUCGUCCGCCUCCGUGGCGAGGCGGCGGCGUGGCAGGCGAGGGCGCUGUCGGAGCAGGCCGCCGCGGUCACCCUGCACGCCCAGCUCCAGCAGGCCGCGGCCGCGGCGCGUGCGUCGGUCGAGGAGCUCGCCGCCGCGGGCGACGCGGGCCCCGUGGAGUCCUCGUCGUCGGCGUACGUGGACCCCCGCCGCACGGGGCCGUCGUCGGACCGCGCGUGCCUCGUCUGCCGCCUCAGGCCGGCCUCCGUGGUGCUCCUCCCCUGCAGGCACCUCUCCCUGUGCGGCGAGUGCUUCGCCGCCGGCGACGCGGACGCCGCCAUGGCGUGCCCGGUGUGCCUGUGCGUGCGCACGGGGAGCGUGGAGGCCAUCCUCUGUUGAGCUGUCGUCCUCGCCUCAUCCGGCCAUCCAUCCCGUGAGCCGGUGAGUGCAUGUUGUGCAGGAACCCAUCAAUGCCUUCCCAAAAAACGAGAGAAAAAAAAAGAGAGAAGCCGUAGGAAAGCUAGAAUCUUCCCCUUUCUUUUUUUCUUCCCAAGUUUUUGUUCAUAUCGAUUUCGAGCAUCCCUUCCUCAAAUCUCCUUUUUAUACUAGGGGUUUAGGAGAAUUCAAUUGAUAAGUUCAUUGUUAAUACUAGUAUAAGCAGCAAGUGCAGCAGGUGAACGGUGCCGCGCAUCUUUGAUUUC